AUGGCUGAGAAGCUGUCUAAAGAGGAGGUGGAAGAGUUGCACCAGGCCUUCUCCAGGUUUGACAAGAAUGGGGAUGGCAAAAUCAAUACCGAAGAGCUGGGCGAAGUGAUGAAGGCUGUGGGCCAGAACCUGUCUGAGGCCGAGCUGAAGGAGCUUAUUGCCCGGCUGGACACCGACGGUGAUGGUACCAUCAGCUUCCAAGAGUUCCUGACAGCGGUGGCCAAGAAGAUGAAGGGCGGGGCCACUGAAGAAGAGCUACGUUCUGUCUUCCGGGCCUUUGAUCUGAAUGGUGAUGGUCACAUCAGUGUGGAUGAGCUGAAGCAGGCCAUGGCCCAGCUGGGGGAGCAGCUUUCGCAGGAGGAGCUGGAUACCAUGAUCAGCCAGGCCGACUUAGACAAGGAUGGCAAGGUGAACUACGAGGAGUUCAUGGCCAUCCUCUCUCAGAAGUGA